UGAAGCUCGCGUGCGUUUUGUGCGCUAAUCAGAGCUCCGCGCGCGCUCCGGUUUCACGGAUUUACUGGGGAUAAAAACGCGGAGGAGCAGGACUGACGGAUGAGUGGUGUGACAUCUCCUCAGAAGACUUAAGGCUGAAACUACUUACAAGUCCAUUUAAUUCUCAUUAGUCCGCUUGCACAUUAUAAUGAAUAUUUGAACAAAAAAUUGUUCACACCUCCUGCCAUUCCAGUGCUGGUAAAUCAGAUCUUUUGGAAUAAGGGGGUGGGACAUGACUCAUUGGCCAUGUUGGCUGCCAUGUUAACAGGCCUCUGUAGCCCCUUCCCCCUCCUCUCCUUAGUCCAGCUCUUAUUAUGGCCAUAUCUCAGUGGACCACAACUGGCUGAGGCGGCUCCCCCUUGCCCUGCCCCCUGUACCUGCUCCAAUCAGGCGAGUAGGGUGAUUUGUACCAGAAAGGGACUGGAUGAAGUCCCACAAAGCAUCUCAGUCAACACACGAUACCUCAACCUGCAAGAAAACUCCAUACAGAUGAUCAAAUCUGACACCUUUAAACACCUGAGUCACCUGGAGAUCCUUCAGCUGUCAAAGAAUCACAUUCGUCAGAUUGAAGUUGGAGCAUUUAAUGGCCUCCCAAACCUCAUCACGCUCGAGCUUUUCGAUAAUCUUCUGCCAUUGGUCCCAUCGCAAGCAUUUGAAUAUCUUAGUAAACUGCGUGAACUCUGGCUGCGAAAUAAUCCAAUAGAAACGCUCCCAGCCUAUGCUUUCCACCGUGUUCCUUCCCUCCGUCGUUUGGACCUUGGUGAACUCCGGAAGCUCAGUUUCAUCUCAGAGGUGGCCUUUGAAGGACUAGUAAACCUCCGCUUUCUGAAUUUGGGAAUGUGUGGAUUGAAAGAUGUUCCAAAUUUGACGCCACUCGUGAAACUAGAGGAACUUGAACUUUCUGGGAACCAGCUAGGCGUAGUUCGUCCAGGAUCUUUCCAAGGUCUUGUUUCACUUCGCAAGUUGUGGCUUAUGCACUCACGCAUCUCGCUGAUUGAACGCAAUGCUUUUGAUGACCUGAAGAACCUAGAGGAGCUCAACCUGUCCCACAAUUCCUUGCAUUCACUGCCCCAUGACCUUUUUACACCACUACAACAACUCGAAAGGGUUCACCUGAACCACAAUCCCUGGGUUUGUGGCUGUGAUGUUCUCUGGCUCAGUUGGUGGUUGAAGGAGACUGUGCCAGAUAACUCCACCUGCUGUGCUCGCUGCCAUGCUCCGCCUGGCACCAAGGGACGCUACAUCGGUGACCUGGAUCAGAGAGACUUCACUUGCUAUGCCCCUGUGAUCGUGGAGCCGCCAACUGACCUGAAUGUGACUGAGGGAAUGGCAGCGGAGCUGAAAUGUCGAACUGGGACAUCUAUGACCUCUGUGAAUUGGUUGACCCCUAAUGGAACCCUGAUGACCCAUGGUGCUUACAAAGUACGAAUCUCAGUGUUACAUGAUGGCACCUUGAACUUCACUAAUGUCACCAUGCAGGAUACUGGGCCAUACACCUGCAUGGUGACCAACUCGGCCGGAAACACCACGGCAACCGCCGUCCUCAACGUGUCUGCCUCUGACCCUGGCAGUGGAUACAGCUACUUUACAACAGUUACUGUGGAAACAGUGGAGACUGGGCAGGAAGUUCACAAUUCUGCUCGGCAAUUCGUCAAUGAGACCUUCAUCGGUUUUCCAGGACCAACAGCAUCAUCAGGGUCAACCGGACCUUCAGGGUCGGUGCCAUCGUCCCUGUCACCUCAUGUUACUCGUGCUCCAGAGCGCCCUUUCACAGUCUCUAUCACUGACGUUGCUAAUCUUUCAGGUCUUGAGGACGUAAUGAAGACAACAAAGAUCAUAAUUGGCUGCUUUGUAGCCAUCACCUUUAUGGCUGCUGUGAUGCUUGUGGUUUUCUACAAACUGAGGAAGCAGCACCAGCUACACAAGCAUCACGGUCCUGCCCGUGCCAUAGAGAUAAUCAACGUCGAGGAUGAAAUGGGGCCACCAGGGGGUGCUAGUGGCAUUGCAGGUGGUUCCACCCUUCACUCCGGGGCAGGACCAGGAACUGGGAGUGGACCUGGACCAAAUCUUCGACUCCACGACCCUGAAAUUGUCACUCUGCCCAACAUCGGGCGCUCAGAUCAUGUUAAUCACUACUACAAAACUCACCACUUUAACAACAACGUCCUGGGACUCAACAUGGGGGUGGGGCAAACUGGAAACAAGACAAGCCCCUCCUCCAAAAAACAGGCCCUGUCCACCAAUCAGACAGCCACAUCUGUUGACUCCACUAAUCCUGGAUCUGUCUCUCCACCGUUACCGAUUCCGAUCCCAAUGGCAAUGACUUUCCAUGGAACACUGAAGAGCUUCAGCCACACCCCUAGCUCUCAGAAUGAGCCUCUGCUGCUGUCCAAUGGGUCCAAGGAGAGUGUGCAGGAAACACAGAUCUAAACACACACACAAUGAAGUGUUAAGGAGCCAGUGGAUAUCAACAUACAGACAUUUGAGAUAGUUUUGUUUCGGGGACUCGGAGGAUUAUAAAAUCAAACACAUAGUUUGUACAAAGAAAUGUGACGGAAUUGGCACUACUGCGACAUGUGCCAAAGAAAACGCCUUUUGUUUUUGCAGUUUCUACAAAGUUGUAUCUGUGUAUAAAAUAUAGUCUAUAAUCCAAGUAGCGUUAAAUCCCUACGUGUUGUUUUGCCACAGGCGAAGAACACUGAAGAACCUGUACGAAAUCACACACACUCACUGAGGAGAACUUCACGGAUCCAUCUCCUCACAUGAUGUAUGUGUGAUAUAGUGUGUGAGUUUAUACUGAAACUGAAACAGACUGUAGUCAUCAGAACACACACACACACACACACACAGACACACACACACACACACACACACAUCUAUCCACUCUCUGACUGCUGAGCUGUAGGAUUUUAAUGCACAAAAUGAGCCUCGGUUUAUUAACCGCAACUUCAAACAUACUCGAUAGUAGAUGAGGACAUGUGAAGAAAGUUGUGUGUGUGUGUGUGUGUGUGUGUGUGUGUGUGUGUGUGUGUGUGUGUACACUCUGUAAACAAAUUGAGUUUCUUGCUGUGUUUUCAGUAUCUUUCUGUCUUCACUUUCAUCAUCUGUCAAAUCUAACUUUAACAUCAGCUUUAUUCUCAUUUUCACAACAGCAGCAAACACAAUAAAUACACAACAAUAAAUACACAACAAACACAAUAAAUACACAACAAACACAACAAUAAAUACACAACAAACACAACAAUAAAUACAAACAAAAUUAAUAAACAACAAACACAUAUUCAGAGUUGGUGAAUUAAGUCCAAAAGCUGUCAAUAAUUUCAGUAUUUACACGGGGACAUUCAGCAUCUGUUUUCAGCAUCGGGUUACGCAGUUGCUUAAGUGGAUUUUCCGAGUUCCACAUUCAGAUAAUUAAAAUCGUGUGUGUGUGUGUGUGUCUGUGGUGUCCAAAACACGGUUUUUCAGUAGAAUCUAGACCACUGCUUUUAAACACAAACACUCACCUUUAAACCUGAAAAACAUCAGGGAUAGAAAAUGAGGACUGAAGAUGCAGAUUGUUUGUGCACAACUUAAUGAAGUUGAUGAAUCAAGGUGAUGAAAUAGUAAUGUGUGUAUGGGAUGUAGGAGAUUUUAUCACACUUUUAAGUCUCUAUUUUGAUUUGUUAUAUAAUAAAAUAAUGUCAGUGUUUGUGUUAAUUCUAUGCGCUCUCCUGUAAAAAAAAAAACGUCUAUGGUUUGAAGGAUGAGCUGACUGAGCACUUGUCUGCUACGCUUACAGAGAAACGUGGAUAAAGUUCUGAUAUUUUUCAUUUUUAAUA